UUCAUCGUUCUAAUUCACACUGAGAAGAAACAAGAAACCCAGCAGCAUAGGGAAAAACGCAUUCUUUUUCUUCUUCUUCUUCUUCUUAAUCUAUAGAUUAUGCCGGUUUUUCUCUGAGACAUUGAUUCUACCUCCAAAGCUGAAACCUUUUUUUCUCUUUUGAGUCUCACCCAAAACCCUUGUUUCUUCUUCCAUGCUGUUCUUGUUCUCUUUCUAGAACUCCAAUGGUAGAAGACAUGUGUUUCCUCUACAAGGAUAUUCUUGUUAUACAGCCUUCCAAGAAAUCCCCAAUGUUGUUAAGGACGGCGGUUUUUAUGUUUUCAAUGGUCAGCUUUGUUUCAAUCUUCUAUGUAUGUAUAAAGCAGAUAGGCACUGAAGCGAGGACUGCAUUUACGGAUUUCGAAGUCAUUGGUAACCUUACUCAGAGUAGAGUGAAGCAAAUGCAUCCUAACAUACUACAUUAUCCUGAACCUUUAUCCUUUAGGAGGAAUGAGUGUGCUCCUAAUCCUGUCAUGUUUUUUGCAAUAUUGUCGAAUCAGAGAUCGGGUAGUGGGUGGUUCGAAACCCUUUUGAAUAGCCACAUUAAUGUGAGCUCGUACGGCGAGAUAUUCUCUGUUAGAGAGAGAAGGAAAAAUGCUUCUUCUAUUUUGAAGACUUUGGAUAAAGUAUAUAAUUUAGACUGGCUCAAUAGUGCUUCCAAGAACGAGUGUUCUGCAGCAGUUGGACUGAAGUGGAUGCUUAAUCAGGGAUUAAUGGAGCAUCACACAGAAAUAGAAGAAUACUUCAAGCGUAGAAGCGUUUCUAUCAUAUUUCUUUUCAGGAGAAACUUACUACGCAGAAUGGUAUCUAUGCUAGCCAAUUCUUAUGAUAGUCACGCCAAGCUAUUGAAUGGAACACAUAAAUCUCAUGUACACUCUGCAGAAGAGGCUGAUAUUCUUUCAAAGUACAAGCCUAUCAUAAAUUCUACAUCAUUGGUGGGCGACUUGAAGGACAUGGAGAUGAAAUCUACAAAGGCUUUACAAUACUACAAUAGCUCUCGGCAUAUGAUCCUUUAUUACGAGGAUCUUAUGAGAAAUCACACUAAGCUAAAAGACGUGCAAGAGUUUUUAGGAUUGCCACAAAUGGAGUUAACGAGCCGUCAGGUUAAGAUACACAAAGGACCAUUAUCAGAUCAUAUUCAGAACUGGGACGAUGUUAACAAAACGUUGACAGGAACUGAAUAUGAGAGUUUCCUCGAAGCUGACUAUUAGGUUGUGGUCUCUUCUAACCUUAGUAAAAGUUGUACAUACCAACUUCACACGUGAGUAUCCUACACCAACACGACACCGAUACUUCACUUCAUGAAAAGCCUGGAGAGUUUGGGUUUGAUUCUGGAACACGGUUGCAGUGUUUCUGAUGCCCUUUCUUGUCACCACAUCCUAAUUGAUGAUAUGAAUGCCUAUGAUCAUUAUAAUAAUGGCUUUUCUUCUUGAGUUAACAUGGAUGUAUGCCACUGCCACCUAAUUAGUUUAUGUAAAGUAGAGCUCUACAUUUUUUUUUUUGUGAUUAGUGUAGAUUGGACAAUAUUAGGUCUCUCUGAAGUUUAUUCUAACCUAGUUAAUUUUUUCCAA